AUGUCUCGCCCUCCGACCAGAUCCCUUCCCGUCAACCAGCGAACCGCGUCGUCUAUCUCGCUAUCCGGCCAGACCCUUUCCCUUCCCUUCAAACAGGGAGCCGCGUCGUCUAUCUCACUCCGGCCAGAUCCGUUCCAUAUACGUUCUCAGUGCCAUUUCUCAGGUUUACCAGAUCCCCGCUCGACCAGGAGUUCAGCAGUUCUUCCGGCGAUCUCCAGUGUUAUUAGAAAGAUGAAAUGUUCGACCUAGUCAAUCCCAGCAGGAGAUAUAGAUAGGAUAUCAUGGCGAACAAGAUACAACAUACAAGUGCAACGACAAGGGAGUUUACACUCGAGUUAUUGAAACAAAUUACAGAUAACUUUUCUGAGGAGCAUGUCAUUGGUCGUGGUGGGUAUGGAGUAGUCUAUAAGGGAUUACUGCACGAUGGAGAAGAGGUUGCUCUCAAAAAGCUUCACUACAUGCCUGGGCUUGACGACAAGCAAUUUAUGAACGAAUUUAAUAACCUUAUGAGGGCCCAGCAUCCAAAUAUCAUCCGAUUAGUGGGCUACUGCUAUGGUCUAGGACAUGAACGCUUCAAGUACAAUGGUGAAUAUAUUUUUGCCCGUGUACAAGAAAGGAUUCUCUGCUUUGAAUAUUUGCAGGGUGGAAGCCUUGAUAAGCAUAUUUCUGAUGAAUCCUGCGGACUCGAUUGGAACACACGCUUCAAAAUUAUUAAGGGAAUUAGCAAGGGAAUAAAUUAUCUUCAUAAUGGAUGCAAAGAUUCUAUUUACCAUCUUGACUUGAAACCUGAGAAUAUAUUGCUAGACGAGAACCUGGUCCCGAAAAUUGGAGAUUUUGGUUUGUCAAGACUUUUCCAAACAGAAAAAACGCAUAUCACAACCAAAUUUAUGGGAACAAUGGGAUACAUGCCACCAGAAUUCAUCGAUAGACAUGCAAUCACACCAAAGUUUGAUGUAUUCAGCUUUGGUGUUAUAAUCAUUCGGAUAGUGGCAGGAUUUGAGGGCUAUUCCAAAUGUGAAGAUAUGUCUCCUCAUGAAUUUCUUGAGCAUGUACAUGGAAACUGGAGAAAGCGGAUGCAGGAAACAAUGUCAUCGCAUAUAUCAGAGCAAGUUAUAACAUGCAUUGAAAUAGCGUUUAGGUGUGUGGAGUUCGACCCAGAGAAAAGGCCUACCAUAGCGGAUAUUGUCAAUGAAGUGGAUAAGAUCGAUAAUGCCGAAAGUUUAGCUAUAGCCAAGAACUCAGACGAACAGGAGCACACUGUAGAAAAACAACCGGUGAUUCAAGUACAAGAAAAAAAUAGUACGGAAGAGAAUACCAGAUACGCGAGAACGGAUUCCAUUUCUACUGUCAUGAAAAAGCACCCUUUAUCGAAAAAGUAUUACACAGCAGACCCAGUCGUUGCAAUUGGUGCCAUGGUGGUCUCCCUGCUCCACAAGCUGUGCGAGCUCUCUAGUGAAUACAACCUGGGAGCGAACUUGAAGAAAGAUGAGCACCUUCAAGGGAACUGGAGAACCUUUGUGAUGCGGUGGAUAACAUCGAUUUUAUGAUGCGUUCCACGUCUCCGGAACUGCAAGGUCCGAGGAAAGAUUCCUAUCUGGUGCCUUUGCCUGGGACGUCCCCGAAACUGCGAAAUCCGAGAAAGGAUUCCUAUUUGCUGCGCUUGCCUCGCACGUCUCGGAAACUGCCAAGUCGGAUAAAACAGCCUUCAAGGAAGAACUCCUGCGACAGAAAGAAAGGGAAGGGCCGAAAUUAAGAAGCGUGCACAAUGACCACCAUUUUUUAGAACAUUAUUAGAGGGCUGGGGGCUGACGGGUGGCAAAAGCAUUUGCUUGCGAUUCUUCGCUUGCGCCAAGUUUCGAUUUUCUGUUUACGGGAGACUUUCAAAGAGUAGUUCACUCUUUGCGUCACUUCUUAUCAGCUUCUUUGUGGGAUUACGGGUGAAAUUAAGCACAAAUAAAAAAUCACUCAAAAUUUACCGAGAA